AUCUCCUACUUCGGCCACCAAAAUGGAAGAAAAUGCCAACACCAGCUUCGAAGAAGAUUUUGAAGGACAGGCAACACACACAGGGCCCAAAGGCGUGAUUAAUGACUGGAGGAAGUUUAAAUUAGAAAGUGAAGAUCGAGACUCCUUAUCCUUAAGCAAGAAAGAAAUUCUUAGACAAAUGUCUUCACCACACAGAUCAUUCAGUAAAGAUGACAAAGACACCAGAGAGAGAUUCUGCCGUAAGAUGAGCAUGCAGGAAUAUGAAUUAAUUCAUGAUGAGCAAGAAGAUGAAAAUUGCCUACAAAAAUACCGCAAACGCUGCAUGCAGGAUAUGCACCAGCGGCUGAGUUUUGGGCCAAAAUAUGGUUAUCUGUGUGAGCUGCAGAACGGGGAACAGUUCCUGGAAGCCAUUGAGAAAGAACGUAAAACCACUACAGUCAUCGUCCACAUUUAUGAAGAUGGCAUCAAGGGCUGUGAUGCUCUCAACAACAGCUUGAUCUGCCUGGCGGCCGAGUAUGCUACCGUGAAGUUCUGCAAGAUCAAGGCCUCCAACACAGGGGCCGGAGACCGCUUCUCAAAUGAAGUGCUUCCCACUCUACUUGUCUAUAAGGGUGGGGAACUUCUGAGCAAUUUCAUUAGCAUUUCUGAACAAUUCAAUGAGGAGUUUUUUGCUGUGGAUGUGGAGUCUUUCCUAAAUGAGUAUGGGCUGCUACCUGAAAGGGAGCUUCCAGCACUGGGAAAUGGCAACACGGAUGAGCAAGAAGUUGAGUAA